AAAGACUGUUUUCCUCGCAUGUUUAAUUUUAUACUGUCAUGCUGUCAUACUGAUGAAAAUUAAGCCGUAAAACCUAAUGGAAAACUAGUCUGAUCGACGAUAAGCCGUUUUUAUUUAGUGUUUUAGAGUCAGAUCAAUCAUUUAUGUCUUACAGGUUCCUUUUACGAACACUCUUACAAACAAAAUAAUGGAAACUAAUGGUGUUUUAACGUUUCAUCAGUGUACAAUAUGUGAUGAGAUUUUUCAACAACUUGAUGAUUUAGAAAAGCACAACAAAGUUCACAUUAAAGAAGAGAAAACUGAUGAUGUAGAUGAAUAUGGUCAUGUUAAAGAAGAGAAAACUGAUGAUGUAGAUGAAUAUUUUAAUAUUAAAGACGAGAAAACUGAUGAUGUGGAUCAAUUUGGUCAUGUUAAAGAAGAAAAAACUGAUGAUGUAGAUGAAUAUGGUCAUGUUAAAGAAGAGAACACUGUUGAUGUAGAUGAAUGUUGUGGUGUUAAAGUGGAGCAAACUGUUGAUAUUGACACAUACUAUCAGUGUAAUCUGUGUAAUAGAGAAUUUGAAUUAGAAACUGAUUUAGAAAAACACUGUGAAAUACACAUUAAAGAAGAGGAGUCUGUUUUACAACUUGAUCAAAAUAGCGAGACAAGUUUUAGCCAGAAUAAUGAAACAGAAAUACGAAAUUCACAAGAUUCUAAUCAAUGUGACAUUUGUGGUAAACAUUUUAUUAAAAAGUAUUGUCUUCAAAUUCACAUGAGAAUUCAUACGGGAGAAAGGUCUUGUAAAUGUGAUGUUUGUGGUAAAUCAUUUAAUCAGAGUAGUAGUCUACAAGAACACAUGAGAAGUCAUACUGAAGAAAAACUUCAUACAUGUGGUGUUUGCCAUGAAUCCUUUAUGAAAAAAUCAGACUUACAGAUUCAUAUAAAAAUUCAUCCUGGAGGGAAAGUUUAUAAAUGUGAUGUUUGUGAUAAAUCAUUUAGUCAUAGCAGUAGUUUACACCAGCACAUUCGACUUCAUACUGGCGAGAAGCCUUAUAAAUGUGAUGUUUGUAGUAAAUUGUUUAAUAAACCAUAUUACCUGCAGAUUCAUAUGAGAAUUCAUACCGGAGAGACCCCUUUUAAAUGUGAUGUUUGUAGUAAAUCAUUUAUUGGCAAGGGCUAUCUGCAGUCCCACUUGAAAACUCAUACAGACCAGAAACCUUUUAAAUGUGAUGUUUGUAGUAAAUCAUUUAUUAAAAAGUGUUACCUUCUCGUUCACAUGAGAAUUCACACGGGAGAAAAACCUUAUAAUUGUGAUGUUUGUGGUGAGACAUUUCGUGGCAACACCUACUUACAGUACCACUUGAAAAGCCACAUAGGAAAGAAACCUUUUAAAUGUGAUGUUUGUGGUAACUCAUUUACACAUCUUUCGUAUCUGGAGAGACACAGAAGAAGUCAUACCGGAAUAAAACCAUAUAAAUGUGAUGUUUGUGACAAAUCAUUCACUGAUAAUUACCGGGUACAGCAACACAGAAGAAUUCAUACAGGGCAAAAACCAUAUAAAUGUGAUGUUUGUAGUAAAUUAUUCACUGAUAGCAGUGGUCUUCGGAGACAUGCGAAGACUCAUGUAGGUGAAAAAAAUGUACAAAUGUGAUGUUUGUGAUAAAUCAUUUACGAAUAACAAUUAUUUACAUAAACAUUUUAGAACCCACAGUGAAGAGAAGCCAUAUAGCUGUGGUGUUUGUGAUAAAAGAUUUUGAGAUAACCGUAGUCUACAGAGACACAUCAAAACACAUAGCUGAGAGGUUUUUAGAUAACCGUAGUUUACAGAGACACACAUCAAAACACAUAGCUGAGAGGUUUUUAGAUAACCAUAGUUUACAGAGACACAUCAAAACACAUAGCUUAGAGUUUUUAGAUAACCGUAGUCUACAGAGACACAUCAAAACACAUAGCUGAGAGGUUUUUAGAUAACCGUAGUUUACAGAGACACAUCAAAACACAUAGCUGAGAGGUUUUUAGAUAACCGUAGUUUACAGAGACACAUCAAAACACAUAGCUGAGAGGUUUUUAGAUAACCAUAGUUUACAGAGACACAUCAAAACACAUAGCUGAGAGGUUUUUAGAUAACCAUAGUUUACAGAGACACAUCAAAACACAUAGCUGAGAGGUUUUUAGAUAACCCUAGUCUACAGAGACACAUCAGAACACAUAGUAGAGGCAAUAUCUUGUAAGACAGACUUUAAAAUGAAUCCCUGUUUCACAUCUGAAAGCAUGCUAGGUGACUAUGCUGCUGUUCUGCAUAAUCUUGAGAAUUGUUUGAAAUUUGUUAGAGAACAAACAUUUAAGAUUCAGAAUUUUUAGUCAUUAUAUUAUAGUAAAGCACAGUAUUGUAUGUACAUGUCAAGUCACUGUACAUGUAAUUUUAACCAUUUUGAUUAUGUUAAAAUUGAGUUGUUUAUAUUUAUUGGAGAGGGGUGAAAUGACUGUUCUCCGAUCCCAUUCAUUUACAAAUAUAAUAAAACAUUCCCCA